UUAAAGAGAUAUGCUGCCGGUUUACGAUGGGGUAGAAAAGUACGAAGGGGAGAAGUACGCAAAGACGAGGAUGAAGAAGGUGACCAAUACGAUAACAAACGGAGAAAGUUACUUGCCUAUCCAAGCUGUGCGAUUUGCAAAGCAUCUUUACAUCGACCUUUUAUGUGCUUAGAAUGCGCACUUCCGGCCUGUUUUCUCAAUCAUGUUGAAUAUUCAAGCGAUUGUCAAAGACAGCAUUUACGCAAAUCAGGACACGAAAUCGCUUUUGAUAUUUUUGAUGGAACUUUAUAUUGCUCGGGCUGUGAGGAUGUUGUAUAUGAUGACAAAUUUGAAGAGAUCGCAAGCAAGGAAGUCAACCGUUCUGUCUUACGAAGACGUGUGGAUCGAUCAAAAGGGCAGAAUGCAGGAGGAGAAAAUGCAACGACACUUUGCAAAGCUGCUCGUGGAAUGUACAAUCUUGGAGCAACAUGCUUCAUGAAUGUUAUCCUUCAAGCAUUUCUUCACAAUCCGCUACUUCGAAAUUAUUUCCUAUCAGAUCGACACAAUACCGCUCUAUGUCCUGCUCGAGAGAAUUGCUUGGCCUGUGAGCUGGAUACACUAUUCAUGGAAUUCUUUUCUACCAGCACUCGAGCUGCACCUUUUGCUCCAACCAACUUCCUAUUUUGCAUCUACCUCGCAAGAGAAUCGACCGAGCUGUCAAGUGGAGCCGGAGAGCAUGAUGCACAUGAGCUCUUCAUCGCUUCACUGAACGGAGUACAUUCGGCUUUGAUGGCAGUAGGAAGAGAGCCCAGCAGUCGAUCCGAUAGACUACCUUUGUACCCGUACGGCGAUCAAGCACAUGGGCUGGCUGCCAGUCGUAGCGGAUCGGCAAGCAAUGCAAGUGAGGAUGAGUAUGGCAAUGGAGCGACAUUCAGAUUCACUUCGGAUAUUGUUUGCCCUUGUGUGGUACAUCGAACAUUCUCGGGUGUUUUGCAAAGUGAUGUGACAUGUCAGAGAUGCGGAUGGACUUCUACAACCCAUGAUCCAUACUUGGAUCUAUCGUUGGACAUUCGCUCAAGUCAUGCCCGUUCUUUGUCGAUCCCGCUGUUUGAGACGGAGUUAGAUAAGAAGAAGAGCAAGAAGCAAAAGGAUCGUGAGGAAAAGGAGCGCAAAGAUCGAAUCCAACGAGAAGGAAGUGGACUGGACGAUGAACAGACUUUGGUCGAUUGUAUGAGACGGUAUUGUGCAAUGGAAAAAUUGGCACAAUCAGAUUACAGUUGUGCUCAAUGCGGUGUGCCGUCACAAGCUGUGAAGCAAUUGAGUAUUUGUCGAUUGCCACCAGUGAUGUGCAUCCAAUUGAAGCGCUUCGAACACAAUACCACGACAGGUUCAAAGAUUGAAAAUCGUGUUCGCUUCCCGCUAACAUUCGAUAUGAGCGAAUUCUGUACAAGCACGAUGCGAGACGAUUUGGAACAAAAGGGCGAUCCAGAAAUUCAUCUUUAUGAUUUAUUUACCGUUGUGGUUCAUGAAGGCAAGCUCAAUACUGGACAUUAUUAUUGUUAUUUCAGAUGGAGAGAUCAGUGGUUCAUUGCAAAUGACGACAACGUGCAACCGGCAAAACUGCAAGACGUUCUUUCCUGCAAGGCCUACCAACUAUGCUACAAACGACGGAUGUUGCAAAACGUU